AAAACAACAACAAACCACAGAAAGGUUACGUGUGAUUUAGUGACCACAAAGUCGAAUGAUUAGUCUGGCGAUUGCCGACAGGUUUCGUGACUGUCAUUUCUCAAUAAGUGACACAGUUUUACAUGAGACUGCAUUUGUCGGUGAUCACCACCAACUGUCAAAACUGUUGUUGAACCCCGAGGUCAGAGGUCAGAUUAACAAGAAGAAUCAUCUCGGAUGCACAGCUUUGAGACUUGCUGCCACAGGAGGCCACACAGAAUGUGUUGAAAUUCUCCUACGCGAAGGAGCCAAUAUCGACAUCCCUGAUGUGAAGGCUCAGACUCCUCUGUUCGUGGCAGUGAAAAACAACCACACGGAGACAGCUCAUGCUCUACUACAGCAAGGAGCAGAUCCGGAGGGGGACCUAGAGAACAACACAUCCCCAAUCUACACUGCAUGCAUGAACGGAUGUAUCCAUCUGGUUAAGCUGUUAAUAGACUACAAUGCAUAUUUGGGACACCGCUGUCGGAUAAACCGUCUGUUUAGCAUGGACCCUCUGCAGAUCUGCGUCGUGUAUCAACAGUACGACUGCCUCAAGCUUCUGCUCCACUCGGGCGCUGAUCCCAACUUCCAGGUCACCAGUCUGAAUUCCCGGCCAGGAAUGCCAAGUCUGUAUCACUUUGCGUUGCGACAGCACUGUGACGUAGGCGUUUUCAAACUGCUGUAUGAAUUCGGGACAAAACUGCACGUGAAGGACGAGAGGGGCCGUUUCCCUUGGGACGUUCCAACAAGUGGGGUGUCUGAGCAUCCAGAUGACGUGAUAGACUAUCUGAUACAUAUUAGAGAUGUCCCUCGUUCACUGCUGUCUUCCUGCCGUCUGCAGUUGCAUCGUUCUGCUGGUGCGAGAUGGAAGAACAAGGACUUGUCAAUCCCCAGUUCAGUGGCUGCUUAUCUGGCCUUUGAAGACGUAUGACCCAGAUUGUUAACAUGGUUAUAUUUCAAACUGAAUGUUUAGAGGCACUAUCAGGAAUUUUGAGUCCUAGCAAGACAUCUGUUUGUCUCACGACCCACCCACCCCCGAACAAAAUAAACACACAUCUUUCUAUAUUGUGUUUUUAAAACACUAUCAAACCUUAUCAUGUUUUAGAUAUUUAAGGAUUGUCUGUUAUGUUUUUUUAUGUUUAUUUGUGUAUGAACCAAAAAUAUCCACAGACUGUGUGAAUUGGCAAAGCCGUUGUCACAUAAGUUUGCAGAUGAUGUUUUUUGUUCAUACCCAGAUGAACGUAAAAGAAAUAACAGACAAUACUUAUAAUUAAAUUUUAAUCAUACUUGCUAAUAAUAACACCAAAAGUUG